AAAUAUCAGUCGCGUCGCGUACGUUGGCGAGGUUGCGUCGCGCCGUUCCAAAGGUCACCUCGAAACUCCCGUAUUAUUCCGCGCUGGUUGUUAUUUUUUUUUUUUUCCUUUUCUUUUCUCAUCCCCCAGUUUUCGUUUUCAUUUUCCUCUCUCACCGCGGAUGCACCCCUACCGCGUUGUCGCCCGUUUCCGUACCGCAGUGUUGUUGAAUCAAGUUUUUUUUUUUUUUUUCUUUUGCCGAAAGAGAAUCAUUCGCAAAACAAACAAAAUUUUCAAUGACGAUGACAAAUAACGCUCGGCGAAUAAUAUUUUCGGCCCGAUAAAGAAUUUUUAUUCGUCGAAACCCGCGUGGUGUAUUUUGUGUAAUAGGUGUGUGUGUGUGUGGUAACCUGCUACGCGUGUGUCACACGUUGUAAAGUGAAGCUGGAAAUAACGAUAAUAUUAACCGAACGAAAAAUGAAAAGAGUAAAUUUUCAACCAACCGGACGAAACUCGAGGAUAAUCUUCGAAUAAGCGUGCUUCGAGUACGGGUCGUUGUGUUCGGUUUUGUAAAAAUUUUCCAACCUCCAAACGAAGACUCGAUUUUUCUCGCCGAGUUCGAAAAUUCUCUCCACCUCACCGGCUUUUCGGUUUCUUUUUUCUUCAUUUUUCGUCAGUCGCGCGCGUGUCCGUCUCUCGAAACUUUACCCACUUGUACGUCAGCGUCGUGUCCGUUAAACAGUGAUGAUUGAAUUACUGAGCUUUUUCACGUCAUCGCUGGAGUGUGCCGCGGAUAAAAAAAACGAGUCAUUUACACCUCGUGCGAAUCGCGUGGAUUUUUGAUACACGGCAAAAGGGAAAACACCGAAGUUUUUGCGAUAUUCUCAAUGAUGUGUCGUGAUUUGAGAUUGUUCGAAAAUUGGACGACGACAAAGAACAGCGGUGAAAAUAACGGAUUAUCGUUACUGUUGUUUAAAAAAUCCAACUAGUUUACCGUACGUCUGUGAUCAGAGAAGAAUGUGGACCGAAUAGCAGAUGUACUCUGGUUGUAUUCGAGCUUCUUAAUUGCAUCUCUACGUGGAUCGGGUAAACGAAUUCGAUCGAAUCACUAGGGUCGGGGAAAAAAUGAUUCCGGAAACGCGGAUAUCAAGGUUGAUUAUAUUUUGUCCUCAUCGUCAUCGAAAACGAUAAAAAAACAGCUUAACCGUAUACCCCCCUCGUAUGUACAUAGUGAAUAAUAUUGGAUAAUAUUUCAUUAUAAAUAUUGUACAUACGUAUACAUAUAUAUAUAUGUACAUAUAUACAUAAAUAAUACGUUUAUCCGAAUGAAAAGAGAAGGACAAAAAAGGUGAAUUAUAGAAAAUGAGUUGAACAUUUCUACGCGGAAGUUUGGAAGAGCAUAUGAUUUCGUUCCGGUUCCAGCGAUAGAAUUUUCAUGUGCCAAGUGCCGCAUGUAUGCAGAAGGAAAUAAAAACCAGAGUAAGAAAGAAAGAUAAUAGAAGUAGUGUAAUAGAUAUAUCAAAAGUACAACAAAAGUGAAGUUGGACGCGCGAUAAAAAUGCGUCAAGAUAUUCGAAGAUUUUAUGUGAAACGUCGGAAUGCAGUUUUUUUAAUCGUUCUCGGAACGAUUUUAAUAACGAUCUGCGGAUUGUCAUCGACCGAAAGCUGAGACUGGGGAAAAAAAACCCGAGAUUUCUAGCAAUAGGCGAUAAUCUAAUGACAAAAAUUGAAACAUUUCUCAAAGUUUUGUGAUACGAACAAAGAAGAAGACACAACGCAAACAAUAAAGUGGGUUUUCGAGUGCGGUGAAUAGAAAGAGGAGAAAAUGCAAUCGAACACGAUGUACAGGGAGAUGGGUAACACGGAGAAAUUGAUGGGGAAUAACAAUAACAAUAACAACAAUAAUAACAACGGCUCUUCGGCGGCCGAAAUGAUUUUUCAAAUGGAAGACGAAGGGCUCACACAACUCGGUAGCGUUUUUCAAUCCGCCUACCAAUCCAUUGUUGGCGGUGGACCGCAGUAUGGCUCCGACGAAUUUGGUCAGGACUCUCCAAGGUACACCUCCCCGAAAGCAGCCACACUCUACGCCGAUCCCUAUUAUAUUGAUGGGAGCGGAGCAGGAGCGGGUCCUGGUGAUCCGUGGACAGGAGGAACCGGCGGAGUACAACCUCCGUACAGUGGAUACGCACCAUCUCAUUUGGCACAACCAGCCUACCCCAUGCACUUACCCCACGACCCCAUGGCAUACUCCGCAAUAUCGCCAAACGGUGAGACGGCGGCACCGAUUCUCGGUUCGGCAGUAACGAGCGCAGCUUCUUUGCCACCUAUGUCGACGUUUAGAGGCAGUGCGGCUGUCGCAGCGGGAAGUGGCGCUGGAGCUCCCUCACCUGCAUCGUUGCAAUACAGUCAUAGCCCUGGAGCACCACCACCAGCCCCUAGUGCACCUAGUGCGACAACAAAUAAUCAACCGACGACGGGAGAUACCCUUGGCAAGGCUCUUGCCUCUGUUGUGAGUGCAAGAAUUUACCCUACGGACCAAUCGGUAUCUAGCUAUAGCAGUAAUCCGUCGACACCGGUUAGUUCACCUCCUCCGUUAACUGGCUCUGCACCAGGUUGGGCCUCUGGAACAGCUCCAGUUUCUCCACAUUUUGCCGCGGAUCCCAAUCGCGGUGGAACCAUUCACAUGCCGGCGCCAGAGCAGCAGAGGCUAGAUGAUGCCAUCGGCUUCCUGCGUGACCACGCCGAGUUGGUACAGGGAACACGGAUGGAAGAAAGACUGGAUGACGCGAUCAAUGUACUGAGGAACCACGCGGAGAGCCAGCUAGGCUUACAUCUUGCACCUGUUGGACCCCACACCUCGUUAUACUCUCACACCUCACCGCCGCAGUUGGAUCAUAUGACGAGUCCUCAUCCUGCGGUUACUGUUGCGCAACCCCAAGGUUCAUAUCCAGGUCUGACACCGACACCCGACACAGAUGGUUCCAUCAAAAUCGAAAGGUUACCUGCAUCCAAUGCCAAAUACAUCUCUUUAGAAAAGAGGAAAGACCCACCAGACAGCAGUGGUGGUGAAACAAAGCCUUCGAGCAGUGACUUGGUUACCGGUAGCGGUGUCAUAGGAGCUUCUACGGUGAACUCAACUUCUCAGGGCAAGGGCACAAAGAGGUCGCGAAGAUAUUGUUCGAGCGCUGAGGAAGACUGCGAUGACCCGGGCACUAAAGCGGUGCGUGAAAAAGAAAGGCGUCAGGCUAACAACGUUCGUGAAAGUUCGAGCGCCGAGGACGAGGAUGAUGAUCCUGACAUGAAGGCUCAGAGGGAAAAGGAGCGGAGGCAGGCCAAUAAUGCUAGGGAAAGGAUACGUAUUAGGGAUAUAAAUGAAGCUUUGAAAGAGCUGGGGAGAAUGUGUAUGACACACCUCAAGACCGACAAACCACAAACUAAGCUUGGUAUUCUCAAUAUGGCUGUUGAAGUUAUUAUGACCCUGGAGCAGCAAGUCAGAGAACGAAACCUGAAUCCAAAAGCGGCGUGCUUGAAAAGGAGAGAAGAAGAAAAAGCUGAAGAUGGACCUAAAUUACCUAGCCAUCUAGCAGCACACAUAGCGCAUCCGCACCCGCAUCCACACUCCCAUUCACAGCCGUCGUUCGCAACAAUGCCCGGGCCGCCACCUUCCCUUCAACACAAUCCGUCGCAACCGCAGUAGCAGCGGCUGGACCAUAGCGUCGCUCUGUGUUGAGGCGAUGCAUUUGCUCCAAGUUUUCCCAUCGCUGGACCGCAGUCUUGUGACUGGAUUCUAAAUAUCCUACCGUAUAGCCGUAAUUAUUUCACUUCUCAGCUAUCCCAUACACUGAUCACAUGUACAUAAAAUGGUAAACACUAAUAUUCGCGAAAAUACACGCCCCCCACAGCUGUUACGCAUUUUCGUGAUUCGCGAGUGUCAUCAUCACUUCUAGGUUCUUGGCAGCGAAACAUGGCCAUACCAGAGAGAAUGAAAUAUCGGAUCUUUCAAUCGAUGAAAAGAAAAAUCCACACGCAGUUUAUACAGAUAGGUUUGAAAAAAAAUAAGAAUUUUUUUUUAAUUAGACCGCUAACGGGAUUGACUUUCUGUAGCGGUCACAUAACUAUCCGAGUAAACUGUUAUACCGACAAUUUUUACUUACAUCUGCCUCCAGCAAUGAAUCAUUUAUCACAAACAAAAAAAAUUGUCCAUCGAACAAUUUACUCAAACUGUUGAAAUACAAAUUUGUACAAAUUUGUACCAUACGUCAAAAUCGAUCGAUACCUUCUAUUCUGUAUACAAUUCAUACCUCGAUUGAUUUGGUUUUUUUUUCCCCCUAUAGCCGAAUGAUGUAGCAAGGAAUAAGUUACGUUGCCUUCGUCUCACCAGGUAUUCCCCCAUCCCCAUUUACGUUUUUGGUAUGUCUACAUUUUCAUGGUUUCUAUUCUAUUUCUGUUUUUCCUUCAUUUCCCAAAAGCGGAUUUUAAAGUCAGAUUUGAAUAUUUGGACGUAAAUUACAAAAUGAUGAAAUUGUGCUAAUCAACAACGACGUGGUCAUAUCUUGUUGUAGAUUAUCAAAUUUCAUAUUUUUUUUUUUCAAAUCUAAGAUAAAUUUUUAACGCUGACCAUUCCUUGCUAUAAAGGAGAACCGUCAUUUUACGCAUAUGCCGGCCACUAUGUAAUUGUUACGAGGCUCUUUGAAAUGAAAGUAUAGUUGACUAAUGUCCAUUGAAUAGCAGCAUGGGAUUAACCGGACUAUAAUUAUCCUGACGCACGCUAAUCGUUUGGCUUUACUAUCAACAUAUUUUAAUCGAUUGUUUGUCGGGGGUAUUUAUUUCAUCAUGCUAAUUAUUUGCGAAGAUGCGGGGGUGAAAAAAUAAGAAAGAAACCUUGUACAUAAAAAUUAAUGUAUGCAUUUUAAAAAAGAAGAAAAAAAAACACCCCUGCAAUCAUAAUAAUAAAUUCAUAAAUUCGUUUUUAUGCAUUUCGUACAGAUGUUUCGAUAGCGUUUUUAGAAAAGUGACUGUGAUUCAUAAUUUUUAUUUUCUUUUACAAUCAAUUGCCAGUGCCCUUUUUUAGGUGUGGGAAAGAAAGAAAAAAAAAGAAAAAUUUAUUUAAAUGACAGUUAUUUAUGAAAUGAAACUGACGAGGUUCUAUCUUUCGUUUUUUAAUUGGCGUCCCACCUUAAUUAAUUAUUGAAUAUUUUACCAUUUAAAAUUUUCAAAACUGAAUUCGGUUUGCUACUAAUUAUACGAAUAGUAAUCUGCUUUUGCAGAUGAGCGACGCAACACGUGUCUAUCCAUACGCGUCGGUGCAUGCGCUGGUACAUGAGUAUGUGUGUAUGUGAAAUAAAAAUGCGUUGCUCAAGGACUAUAAAUAAGAUUAGGUCUUUAGUAGGAAACCUAACUUUGUCUAUAGCGUGUGUAGGAUAUCCGCACCUGACGUGCGAGAUGUUUAAGCGGAUACAUGUCCUAGUAUGCACCUGAAGCAUAUUCUUUCAUCAAUUCCAUGCUAGUUGUCACAUUUUAUCAGAACUGUCUCCACAAACCUUGAAUUUUUACAUAGAAUUUUGCUCACUUGACAUAAUCAACGCUUUUCUUUCCUCAUCCCACUGAUGAUUUUUUCAUUUUACAAGAAAAAAGAAAGCAUUAUCUGUGCGAUGCCACUACUAUUCGAUACUUUACAUUGCUUAUUUUUUUUUCUCCCUUUGUAACUGAGGUAAAACUUUGCUUUUCCAUAAGUUCAUGUUUCGAGUCUCUGUGCCUGUCAUGUUUCUUGCAUUAUUGCCCCAUAGUUUUAUAUGCUGAUAUAUUUUUCAUUGUUCAACCUGUUCAGCAGCAAGCCUUUGUCUACAGACAAUAGCACAGCUUAACCCAGUGACAUUUUUGCUCUUAUUAGCGCCUCAAAAAUUUCUGUAAAAGACAGGCUACUGAUCACCUUCUAAGUUGUUGGCAGGAGAAAAUCACGAUGAUGGCAAAAUAUAAGUUCUAAUCAGGUAUCUUGUUUUUAUUCUAUUUUUUUGAUUUUUCUUUUCAAUGGAAAGACAGUGCAGGAAUGGCGAUGUAGAGAACAGGAAAUUCGAUGAGUGAAUGCCAUUUCCGAAAGAUUCUAACAUUUAGAUUCUCUGUCGGUUAUUCGAGAGAAUCUGUUGCCAAUAAUGUGCUUUGAGUGCUUACUAGAGAACGCAUUCCCUUAAGAUAUAAGGACAAUAAUAUUAUACCUUUGCGUACACACUCAUAUUUCAUUGUUGCUAGCUAGGAAUUUUUACGUGGGAAAGAGUUCUGCAGUUACUUAACAGUUAUCGCUUCGUCAAUGAAAAAUCAUAUAAUAUUACGUUGCAGCUGAUUACUACCCCCCGAUACUUUUUCCCACGUCCUUGGCUAGUUUUUACGAAAUAGAAAUUCGCUAGGUUGAAAGUGCAGUUAUUGCUUUUUCUGGUUUAUAUUCAUAUACAUACAUAUAUGAGAUAGGACAGAAGUGUUUUGUUGAAUUUGCUUUACAACACUAUACGCACACAUCCCAGACAUUUGGCACUUUUGAGUAUUAUAAUAUAAAUUACAAUUAGAUACACAUACUAUACAUAUAGAAAAUUUUUAGCAUUAGAAAUAUAUUCCAUGUUUGUUAUUAUUUAAGUUUCUUUUACUACGAAUUACCGAUAGGUCAGACAUACAUAUAUGUAUGUGUAUAUAUACAGCUAUUUCUAUAUAUACAAAUAUGUAUAUGUACAUAUUUUUUAACAUCGAUUAUAUUUUUUUUGCAAUAUUACUAUAUUAUUGUGCUUGAAGGUAUUUCGAGCUGUAUUAUGUUACUGAAAUGAAUUUUAAACGAACGCACUGAAAUCUGAAUUCAUAAUUACAAGAAGAAAAUGAAGAGAAAAAACGAUAGAAAAAAAAUAAUGAUAAAGUAAAUGAAUAAAUAACGUUUUGUCUCCACAGUAAUCAUACGAAGACAAAAAAGAUGCUAUGGCUGGUAUAUGCAAGGUCCUUUCUCCGCGCAAAAAUUCUCUCUAUUCGCUUAUUGUUAUUACAAGUUUUUUAAAAAAAAACUGACAAUUUUACUGAGCAUGGGAGAAAUUUUGUAACGUGGGGAAGCGAGAGGCAUGAAUUCUGCCCCUACAAUUACCGGAUAAGUUAACUUGUACAUUGUGACAUAAAAAUUUAAGCUGCUAAAUGCGUGAGCUGAUGAACUUUUUUUAAAAAAAAAAUCUAAUAAAAAAGAAAGAAAUGAAAAAGGAAACAAAAAAAUGAAAAACAAGAAAUAUUCAAAGGAAAAUCAUGUAAUAUAUAACUAUAAUAGUUUUUAAGUCAGUUUAAGCUAGAUUUUGUCAAUAGUCUAGGUAGUGAAAUGUAUGCGUGAACAGAUAAAAGUGUGCUGUUCGUGGAAGCGAAUGUUGUAUGAUCUACGCGUAUAAAAACAUAUUUGAGAAAAAUGUUUAAUUACUAGUAAUAUUAUUAUCACUAAUAAUAUAAUAAAUGUGCCAUUUUUCCAUAAA